AUGGAGCCGCCCAGCAAGAAAAGGCCUCGGCGGAAUGAUGACCGAAUCAUACUACAAUUCGAUUACGAUUGUUUCUACGCGCAGGUCUUUGAAAACAAGAAACCAGAGCUAAAGAAGUUCCCUUUGGGCGUUAAGCAGAAGAAUUGCCUGGCAACAUGCAACUACAACGCUCGUGCCCGUGGUCUCACAAAGCUCAUGUCCGUUUCCGAAGCCAGACGCAAGUGCCCAGACCUCGUCCUUGUAGACGGUGAAGAUCUCACACCCUUUCGUGAUAUGAGCAAAGCAUUAUUCAACUUUUUCAAAACCUUUUCAUGGAACAACAAGGCCGAGCGUCUAGGAUUUGAUGAGGUGUUCAUGGACGUAACCGACAUCAUCGAAUACAACCUUUCUUGCCUCAACCUAGAAUUUCUGGAUAAUUCCUUCUUUUUUCUUUCCAAAAAUGACCCUGAACGGGGCUUCCAGUGCGAUCUAACGAGCAUCGCGGGCUGUGUUGAAGGCACAGCCUCUCCAACCCCUGAUCCAAAAAGUCCAGCUUAUUUACGCCUCGUAUUAGGAUCGCAUCUCGCCAAGUUCCUACGGCUCCAGGUGGAAGAAAAAUAUGGGUUCACUAGCACCUGUGGUAUUUCGACUAAUAAGAUGCUGAGCAAGCUUGUGGGUAGCAAGAAUAAGCCUCGCAAUCAAACAACACUAUUAGCGACUACCGAGGAUGAGGUGAUUGCCUUUGUAGACGCCCAUAAACUGCGAAGGAUACCUGGGCUAGGAUUCAAGACUGUUCAGGCGCUAGGAACCCAUGCUGGAGCUGACAUGAGUAGAGGCAUAUCCGAAAUUCCAGAGUUGAGUGAUAACCCUGUUACCGUUGCCGAUGUUCGUCUUCAUCCCAGUAUCUCGCCCGCCACUAUAGAGACUCUAUUAAUGGGACCUGGAGCAGAGAAGGGGGUAGGUACCCGGAUCUGGGGCCUACUGCAUGGAGUUGACGGAACUGAGGUCAAGGAGGCUAGCAACGUGCCAAGCCAGAUUAGUAUCGAGGAUACUUACAAGGGCUUGGAUACCAUGGCGCAAAUUACAGAAGAACUACACAAGCUAUCUUGCUCUCUCGUUCGCAGAAUGAGAGUAGACCUUCUUGUAGUUGAGCCUGGAACAGACACCCCGGGAGCACAAAAAUGGAUUGCUCGACCCAAGACUUUGCGCUUGUCACUCAGGUCUUGGGCAUAUUUGCACUCCGCACAAGUGCAGGCAUACGGUCGAGUUUCUCGUUCAGGACCAUUGCCAAACUAUGUGUUUGACUUCAAGGAUGACAUAGAACAUAUCGCAGAAAAGCUCGUCUCUGAUGCUCUGCUACCGUUGUUACGACGAUUGUCGCCAGAAAGGGGACAGCGGUGGAACUUGCAGAUGCUCAACAUCUGUGUAACAAAUAUGGUAGUUGGUGCAGCGGAUGACAAAACGGGAGUAGGCAGAGAUAUUUCUGUCAUGUUUAAACGUCAAGAUGAAGUGCUGAAACCCUUUCAGAUAAAAGAAGAACAAGGCAUUGGACAGGUUGGCGACCAUGAACAUCCUGUGUCAGAAGGCGAGUAUGAGGAUGACGAAGACAAUGAUAGUGACUGGGAUAUGGGGAACAAUGUAUCAUGCCCUCUUUGCGGAAAUCCUAUUCCGAUGUUCGCUUCGUGCUUUCUGGUAGAGUCAGGGACUCCUAUCUCUUGCGUGUGCCCUAUUAGGAGCAUCAACAGUGAGGCUUCCGUUAACGUUUCGAAGCGGGAGACAAACGAGUUCAAUCCAUCACCACCUAUUUGGCGAAAUAUCCGCACGACCCAUAUCGUGCUCACCGAUGGCUCGACCGAGAUAUGGUCACACAACACUCUGAUUUGUACAUGA